CUGCGGUCACACUGCAGAGUCUCUGGCAAUAGCUACAUUUUAAACGCUUUAGUCUGUUUUUAGUAAACCUAAAGUGCAAAAAUGUGAACGCGCUUAAAUGUUAACGCGACAGUUAAGCAAAUAAUAAAGGACACAAGACAACAAAAAGUGUUGACCAAACCAUAUAUACACAUACUUCUUACACAUACUUAAACAUUUAGUCUAAAUUCGAUUUGUUGGGCCAUUGCAUUUGAAAUUGCCGAAAAAAUGUAAAUGCCACACGCAAACAAGUUUUUGUAAAAAGCUACAAAAGGAGGAGUGUAAAAAUUAAUUGAUGUGCGUGUGCAAACAAAAAAAUAAAAAUUAAAAAAAAAAAAAUAAAAAACUAAUAAAUCUAAACAAACGAUUGUAACAAAUUGAUCAAAAAAAAAAAAGGAAACAAAUUAUAGUCUAGUUACCAUGUUGCAUAAAAUUGAUGAAAAUGCCGCGCCAACUGUAACGUCAACACCAACAACAACAACAACUGCAACAACAAGUACAACAAUUAUGGCCCCGGCAGAAACAACUGGCAAUGGAACGGAGCCAACAAUUUCAACGCACCUUGCAAAUGCGACAGCAACAAUAGAACCAACAACAACAACAACAAUAACAACAACAUCAGCGGCGGCUGUUGCCACGGAACAAGAAACAGUCGCUGUGGUUGUUGUAGCUGUUGCCGCCAACGCUGCUGUCGUCGUCGCAGCAGCAGCUGCUGAGGGUCAAGCAACAGAAACAGAAGCAGAAACAGCAACAGCAACAAUGACAGUGACAGCUAACAAUAUACCGACGCCAUUGCCGCUGUCAGCUGCGGCAGAGCGCACUGAAUUAGCGACAACAGCUGAUGUCGCUGCCGCUAACUCUGCCUCUGCCGCUAGCGCUGCCAGCGAGCACCAGCCUGAGGCAGAGCCAGAGCCAGAGCCAGCAGCAUUCGAUGUUCAGAUGCGUACGCAGCAACAACAGAAAAUAAGAAUUUAUCACGGCGCCAAACAGAGCGCAGUAUGGAGAACCGAUUCGCUCGCUUCCAAUUCGAGCAGCUCAAACCGCAGCGAGGCCGGAUCGACCGAAGUUAUGGCCACCAGCAGAGCCCACAGUGGCUACUCGACAGCGCCCAGUCUAUUGCAGCGCAAAUUCUCGGACAGCUCGUUCAAUGCAGCAACGAUGCCGCGUCGCGUCUCAUUCCCGGAAAGUGAUAAGGAGCUUGUCACCGGAUAUCUUGAGCCGGCCAAUCCAUGGGAAAAAGUCUGCCAGGUGUCUAGCAUUGCUGAGAUCUCCGAGCUGUAUGUGAAAUCCUGUUACAAGCAUCACACACAGCCGCUGAAGAACAUCAUGGAGCACCUGAAGGCGCUGGAUCUGCACCUGGCGCGGCAGCCGCUGCUAUCGCUGAAAGGCAUUCAGCUGACGCCCAAUGAUUGCGAGCCGCUGGAGGAGAUAUUCAUGCGGAUUCAAUACAAAGCCAUCGAUUUAUCAGAGUGCCCGUUGAACGAGAGCUGCCUGAGCGCACUCUGCCAGAUGAUUGAGUACUAUGAGGCUGCCAAUGAAUUGGAUAUCUCGUACAACAAGGAGCAGAUGACGGUCCGUGGCUGGGGACUCUGCACACAUAUGGUGGGCCGCAGCCAGGAGCUGCAGAUGCUCAAUGCCGAGGGCAACCAGAUAUCAAAGGUGGGCGCCGAGAAUUUGGGUGCCGCGUUGAGUCUCUCCAAUCUGCAUACGCUCAAGCUGGAGCAUUGUGGCCUCAAAGGACCUCCACUCACCAAUUUUUGCUGCAAGCUGUAUCACAACAAAAUACUAAAGGAGCUGUGGCUGGGCUACAAUGAUUUGGAUUGCACCGAUGCUCAGCAUAUUGCGGACAUGCUGCGCUUUAACCACAGCAUCGAGCUGAUUGACAUUAGCAACAACAACAUACGCGACGAGGGCGCCAUGUACCUGGUGCAGGCGCUCAUCCUGCAGGCCACCGAGCUGGAGCGUCGCAGUGGCUUGCCGCUGCAGCGUGCGCGAGCCAUUGAGGACGAUGAGCUGGUGUCGCCCAUGGAGACAACGGCGUCGGCGCAGUUGGCAGGCCGCAGCGAGCAAUGCAGCAGCCAAAUACAGUCGGAGGCACAUGCGACUGACCCCAGCACAACGCCAAAAGCCAUUGAUGUCCUGGAAACGGUUGUCGAGCAGCAGCCAGCAGCAGGGGCAGCAGCAGGAGCAGCAGCAGCCGAAGAGCCGAGCACCAGUGAACCAGCCGUUGCCCUGCUUGUGGAUGUGGACAACGAUGCUGACGAUGACAAUACAGAGACAGACACGGUGCGCACUCUGAGGAGCGGCAAUCAGAGUGCAACUGGGCAAUCCAUGCUGGACAAAUUGCUUUCGAUGAACAGCGACAGCAGCAGCGAGGAGGCGCCAUCCAAUAUAUCCACCGACACACUGGCCGCCUGCUGCUCCGAGGACAUUAGUGAGAUCAGCAAUGAUGUCUACGAUGCUGCUGGCAAAUUGCAAUCAGCAGCAGCAGCCACAACAUCCACAGAUGAGUCCACAACGACGCUGGUUGAUCCAAUUCUGGACCAACUAACUCCAUCAAUCCAGCAACAGCAAAGUUCCCAAACUGAACGCAACUUAUGUGAUAUUACUCCCUCAACAGAGGCUAAAACCGUUGAACCCCAUGAAACCUGUGUACAGAAUAACAAUGCUAAUUCCCACAAUAACAACAACAACAACAACAGCAGCAAUAGCAACAACAGCAACAGCAACAGCAACCAUAACCAUAAUAAUAAUCCUGUAAUACUUAACCAAAUAGCUGCGACUGAGGUAGCAUCAGUUGCCGUUAGUUCAAGCGGUGCCGCAUCCAUUUUUGAGGUGACCGCCGAGGAGAGCGACUGCAUCAAUGGCAUGGCAGGUCCGAGCGGUUCACGGCCGCUGGACAUGAACAAGAAUGCCAAGAAUGCUGGCGAUGAUUUCGAGGAUACGCACAGCACAGAUUCGGCAUUUGAGAGCGCCUCGGAGGGCGACAUCAGUCGCCAUUUGCCGGAUGAGUUUAGUCGACUUUCUGUGUCGCUGGAGAGCACGCGGCUGGAUGAUAUGGCCAAGGAGAUGGCCAUUGAGACGGCGACCAUAGCCAGUGAGUCCACUGAGUGUCUGCUGGUCGCCGAGGAGGCAGCCACGCCCGCUUCUACGCCCACACCAGUUGUGCACAUGCUGCCGCAGUCGCAGCCGCAGCUGGACACAACAGAAGUGAUUGUGGCGACGGUGCCCAAGGUAACGAUUGCGGCCAAGGAGAAGGAGCCCAGUGCCAGUCCAUGUCCUAGUCCAACACCGACACCGCCGCCGCCAUCGACAUCUCCGGGCGGCGUCAGCAGUGGACUGCGUCGCACCGAAUCCAGCUGUGCCUAUCUCAAUCAGUCAACGCGCAAUCGCUCCCAGAGCUCGGACAGUCUGUGCAGCGAGAACUCGUUGGACGGCAGCACGAGUGCAGCCGAUCCGCAUCUGGCCGAGAAGCUGACCAAGAACGAUACACUGUCGCGUCGCCAGCUGGUCGAUGCCACACUGGAGGCGGCCAAUCGUGCGCCCAGCGGCCUCAAGGCGCUCGCGUUAUGGAGCAACAAUCUGACCAAGGAGUGCGGCCCCUGCAUUGCCGAGCUGCUCUCGCGCAGCUCCUCGCUGGAGCUGCUCAACAUUGGCAAGAACUGUUUGUCCAAUGAUUUUGUGGCCACCAUCAAGGACAGCCUGACCAGGAACACAACGCUCACCACGCUCGGCCUGCAGAGCGCCCAUCUCAGCGCCAAGGGCAUCGAGACGCUCGCCUCCAUUCUGACCUUCGGUGGCAACAGCAAAUUGCAGCGCAUCGAUAUACGUGACAAUAAACUAGAGGUGGAAAGUCUGAACAUAAUUGCCGAGGUGCUCAAGUCCAACAAGACGAUCACCCAAAUUGAUAUCAAUGAUGAGCCCAAGCGUCUAACGAUUGGCAGCGAUGCGCAUUUGGAUUAUACACGAGUACUGGGCACAGUGCGCUCCAUGUGCUCGCGCAAUGAGAAAAUGCAGGCGGAGGAGCUGGAGCUGGCGGAGAAGGCGGCGAACGUGGGCGGCGGCAACAGCAGCAACAGCAGCAGCAGCAACAACAACGGAGGCAGCAGCAAUGGCACCAUUGGCGGAUCGGGCAUCAAGAAUCGGUGUCGCGGCGGUUACUACUUGGGCUCGCGGAAGAUAUCGCUGACGUGCCACAGCCGGCCGCUGGUGGACGCAGCGACUGGCACUGUGUCCGCUGCGCUAGCAGUAACCGCAAUGCCGACACCGGCUGCCAAACUGGAGGUGAAGCGCAAGACAAAUGCGCGUCUGCGCUCACCGGGUCCCAGUCCGCCCACGAUAUCGCCGUCCUCCUCGCCCAAUCGCAGCCGCUUUCAUGUGUCGCGCGUCAACGAGAUUGGCAGCCCGUUGACCUCGCCCCUGGCCCAGAUGCCGCCCCAGCAUCCGCCGACGCCGCGCUCCGCCAGCAGCUGCAUGUCCAUACCGACAGCCAGCGGAGUCAGCAGCAUUAGCAGCAGCAGCAGCAGCAGCAGCAAUGGUGGCAUCGGUGCCGGCGGGCUGCUGGGCAGCCAGAGCAGCCUUAAUGCCAUGGCCGUGCUGCCGUUGCCCACGUCCAGUUCGCUGCCAUCGAUGGCAUCGGUAACCUCAUCCACCCAGACCGUUAAGCGGCUGUCUGUGUCGCCGCGUUCGCGCUUUCAUGUCUCGCGGAUCUACGAGGAUCCGCAGACGCCACCGAUACACUUGCCGCCAACGCCGAUGCUCAAAUCGGCGCGCAAGGCCGCCGCCGUCGCUCAGCUGGCUGAGGCAACAAUCACAGCCGUUGAACACGAACCCACAUUAUCCGCCAGCACAAUGACAACGGCGGCAACAACCACAGCGAUGCCCAUCAGCAGCGUGAUUAUUGUGGAGCCAUCACCCACCGUCGCGGACAAUGAGAACAACGCACACCAACAAAGUACAAAUGGGAUGGAGCCGGAGCAGGCAGCUAUACAGAAGCUGUCGCCCAACUCGCCCAGCACAUCAUCCAGUUCAUGCAGCACCUCGCCCGUCUCCGUGUCCAGUGCAACAAGCAGCACCAGCAGCGGCGCCAGCAACGUGACCACCGACAACACGGAUAACCCCGGCAGCCCAAAGGAGCCGGCUACCAUUGUUGUUGCCAAGAGCUGUCCCAUUGCCGUCUUUGGGGACAACGAUAUAACGCUCACCAAGGACUCGGCCGCCGGUGCGGUGCUCUCGGCAGCUGCCUCAAUCAGCACGGAUGCCGGCAAUCCUCCCGCAGAGUCCACACCGACUGCAACGGGACAGCAGCAGCAGCAGCAGCAGCAGCAGCAACAGCUACAACAACCGGCGACACGUGCACGCAAAUCCUCGUGGAUAGCCAAUCCAACGACUGUGGACAAGCUGCUCACCCUAUUCAAUCCGAGCGCCAUUUUUCAGCGCAGCUCUUCGCCGGAAUCAAAGGCGGCUCCAGCUUCAGCUGUGGCUCCGCUCACAAAUAACGCACAGAAUAUAACAACAACCACAACAACAUCAAAUGCCGCAACAGGCGGCAGCGGUGACGUCAACGUGACGCUGUUGGCGACACGCAAAACAACGCCGCCAGCGCGAGGCAACGGCGGCAGCAACAAUGCGACGACGACAGCAGCAGCAACAGCUGCUGGGGGAGCGGGAUCGUUGGUGACAGGAGCAUCGGGAUUGGAGACGGGCGCCGGCAGCAGCUCAUUCCUGGACACAGCGUCGCGUCAGCUGCGUGACUUUGGAAAGCAGGUGUUCCGCCAGAACCUCUCGUUUAACAACAGCGGGGAUGGGAUGGGCGCUGCGGCGCAGCUGGAUGUCAAUCCCAGUGCGGUGGCCAUGGCGACAUCGCCAAUAUUGAGCAAUGUUGCCGAGUCGCCAUCGCCUCCAGAAUGCAAUGCAGUGCACAUGCCAUUGAGCCUGAAGCGUGAGCUCAAGGAGAACAUUUCGCCGGAGCAUACCAUUAACGAGGAGACGCUGCACACGCUCCAGAAGCUGUCGCGCGUCGAGGAUAUGACGCUGAAGGCCGAGGCUGCUGCCGAGCUGGGCGACAUUGAGAUUGUGAUGCACAGCGAGGUGUCCGAUAUGCCGGAAAUGGAGCAGCAGCAGCAGCAGCAGCAGCAGUUACAGCCGACGCAACAGCAGCAGCCACAGCAGGAGGAUCUGGGGGCUGGUUUAGGUCGUUAAUUACUUAACCCAAUAAAAGCAACAAAAAUGACGUGUGCAAUUUGACAAUGUUGAGCAGGAAAGGCAGCAAUAGCAAACACCCACCUCGGCAUUAUUCCUGACACUCUCUCUCUCACUCCUCACUUCCUCCCACUCUCCCUCUCACGCUCUUUCGCUAUCUCUAUGUAGCCCACCCUCUGUCGAAACACCAAAAGCAAGGGUAUAUCCUACUGCUUCUCCUCGGCCCAACCCAACCCGACCCAACUCUCACACACACACACACACACACACAAAAUACUGUAACAAUAAGAAACAAGAGUACACAAGUUUUAAACAUAA